AUAAUAUUAAUUCGGGGAGGAAACAAAAUAAAAUAAAAUUAUAAAACAUUUUUCUGUAUUAAAAAAAUAAAUAAAAUAAUAAAGAAGUAGUUUCAAACAAGAAACAAGCACAACCUAUCAAAACUAUCAAAAACGCAACACGUCAUCCCCACAUAAGAAAAUGCUCAAAAACUUGGCCUUGACAACCACCACCGCCUCUACCACCCCAUUUAUGCUUAUCUCCACCACCGGAGCUUUUUCUCUCUCUAAACCCUUCAUUCCUUCUCUCUCUAACUUCCGCCCAAAACCCAUUUCAUCCUUCCCCCAAACUCACCGACCCUUUUCUCUCCCCAGUUCCUCCAUCACCAUGAAUUUGCUUAACAAGCUUGGCUUCGCCUCCAAAUCCCCUGAAUAUUCCUCCGAAUCAUCGUCCAUCGCCCAGGGUCCCGAUGAGGACGUGCCUGCCCCAGGCCAGGAGUUUGCCCAGUUCGGUGCCGGCUGUUUCUGGGGAGUCGAGCUGGCUUUCCAGCGAGUUCCUGGUGUUUCCAAGACCGAGGUGGGUUAUAGCCAGGGUUUGCUUCACAAUCCUACUUAUGAGGAUAUCUGUACAGGUACGACAAACCAUUCGGAGGUCGUUAGGGUUCAGUACGAUCCUAAAGAGUGCAGCUACGAGUCUCUGCUUGAUGCUUUCUUUGCCAGGCAUGAUCCCACCACGCCGAAUCGUCAGGGGAAUGAUGUUGGAACUCAAUACAGAUCUGGGAUAUACUACUACACUCCUGAACAAGAGAAGAUAGCAAAAGAAUCACUGGAAAAGUAUCAAAAACAAUUUAGUAGGAAGAUUGUUACUGAAAUCCUGCCGGCGAAGAGGUUCUACCGAGCAGAAGAGUACCAUCAACAGUACCUUGCGAAAGGAGGCCGUUUUGGUUUCAAACAAUCCACGGAGAAAGGAUGCAAUGAUCCCAUUCGAUGCUAUGGCUAAUCAAUCUUGUCUAGUACGUUUAGAGGUAAAUACUUGCUGGGAUGAUGCAAAGGUUUGUGCUUUUGUUGAAUCUAUGAAGAAGAACCAGUAUAUUGUGCUUAUUUGGAUAUAUAUUAAGUUGUCUAAUAUGUUUCGUGUAAUUACUGUUUGAACAAUACAUGUUUCUGUAAGUACAUGUUUUUAUCAGCAUUGUCCCUAGAUCUAGUUAUGGUGUAUCUUGGUCCAAGAUUUAGUUAAUCUGGCAAAUUACGUGUGUUGCAUUAUACAGAUAUCACUCUCAUUCUACAAUCAUUAAUGUCUUCUGUACUG